AUGCCGAAAAGGAUAUAUAAUGCUUGGUCACAGGCUAACAUGAAUGAAGCUUUGGAGAAAUAUCAAAGCAGAAACAUGGGCUUUAAUGAAAUUUAUCCUACAUAUAAUAUUCCUAAACCUACGUUCAGGCGUCAUUUAAAAAAUCUAAAUAAACACAAAACUAUUGGAAGACCGAAAGACCUAACGGCUGCCAUGGGGGAAGAAUUGGUGCAACAUAUUCUGGAACUGGAGUUAUGUUUGUUUGGGCUAACAAUUAAAGAUUUGCGUCGCUUAGCCUACAACUUGCCGAGAAAUAUAAUCUUCAUCAUCGAUUUAAUAAGCAAAAACAAUUGGCGGGUUGGAAAUGGUAUUACUCAUAUAAAUUUAUGA